AUGUCGGGCUCUGUUGAAUCUUCAAACCCAAAUUCAUCUCUUUUUCCACCAUCUGAUAUCAAUCCCUCUCUUCAAAUUACCCAACAUAAACUUAAUGGAUUGAAUUUCCGUGAAUGGUUUCAAUCGGUUCUUCUUGUCAUCAGAGGGAAAGGGAAGACCGGGUACCUUACCGGUGAAACUGAAGCCCCGAACAAAAAGGAUGCUCACUACAAAAUAUGGGAGGCAGAAAACUCCAUUGUUAUGGCGUGGUUGGUUAAUUCUAUGAACCCGAAUAUCGGAAGAACCUAUCUCUAUUAUAACACAGCUCAUGAAAUCUGGAAAGCUGUCCAAGAGAUGUAUUCCGAUCUUGAAAACACCUCACAAUGUUUUGAGAUUCGUUCAGCUCUUCGAAGUACCAACCAAGGAGGACGAUCGGUUACUGAAUACUACAACGUUCUAACAGAACUGUGGCAGGAGAUGGAUGUGUUUUACCACAUAAACUGGUCAUGUCCUCAAGACGGUACUCUUCAUGCAAAAAUGCUUGAAAAAGAUAGAAUUUUUGAUUUCCUUCAAGGUCUCAACAAAGAACUAGACGAGGUUAGGGGCAGAAUCCUUGGCACCAAACCACUUCCCUCUCUUCGAGAAGUAUUUGCAGAAGUUCGACGAGAAGAAAGUCUUGUGAAGGUGAUGCUACAUACCCUAAUAAGUAUCGAUGUUGAAGGUUCUGCCCUUGCUGCCUACAGAUCAGAAGGACAAAAGAAUUCUAAGUCUUCAAACGCCAAAGUCUGGUGUGAACACUGA